AUGGACCGACUACAGCGUCUUUUUGGCAAUUUACCGGGACUUCCAGGUCAAAGUGGACCUGGUAAUGAUGGUCCACUCGUUGAUACAGCAGAAAAGGUUCAUAUUUCGUCCUUAGCAUUGCUUAAAAUGCUUAAACAUGGACGUGCUGGUGUUCCAAUGGAAGUAAUGGGUUUAAUGCUGGGUGAAUUUGUAGAUGACUAUACCGUCAAUUGUAUCGACGUAUUUGCCAUGCCUCAGAGUGGAACGGGUGUGAGUGUUGAGGCUGUCGAUCCAGUUUUCCAGAUGAAGAUGCUUGAGAUGCUUAAGCAGACAGGAAGAGCAGAAAUGGUUGUUGGUUGGUAUCAUUCCCAUCCUGGAUUUGGCUGUUGGCUCUCGGGUGUAGAUAUCAAUACGCAGCAAAGUUUCGAGGCACUCAAUCCACGCGCCGUGGCGGUAGUAGUAGACCCGAUUCAGAGUGUUAAAGGCAAAGUCGUGAUUGAUGCAUUCCGUCUAAUUAAUCCACAGCUUAUGAUGAUGGGACAAGAGCCUCGGCAGACGACUUCCAACAUUGGUCAUCUUAAUAAACCAUCGAUUCAGGCACUGAUACAUGGACUAAAUCGCCAUUAUUACUCGAUUGCGAUUGACUAUCGCAAGAACGAACUUGAGGAGAAAAUGCUCAUGAAUUUGCACAAAAAGACAUGGAGUGACGGCCUUAUGCUUACCAAGUUUGAGGAUCACUCGAAGGAGAACGAGACAACAGUAAAGACUAUGUUAGCACUUACGGAGCAGUACAACAAACGGGUUCAGGAGGAGGAAGAAAAAACGCCUGAGGAGCUCGAGGUACUAAAUGUUGGCAAAUUGGACCCGAAGAAGCACCUGGAGAACGACGUGUACGAUCUCAUGGCCCUCAACACAGUCCAGUGCCUCGGCGCUAUGCUUGACACCAUUGUGUUCUAG